AUGCCGAGAGUCCUUACAAUACUCAAAAACCUCAAAUCAAAGAAACUUCUCACUUCAAAAAUCUUAAAAUCAGCCGGAUUCAUAGUUUUCGCAUUUCCAUACAACCACGACAUCUACCAGUCAUUCUAUGACUUCGUGCAAUACUAUUUUUCGGACAAAGUCCUUGGGCCAGCCGCAAUUUUCUUAGCAUCCGCAUUACUCGCGAACGGCCUUGAAUCCAUCAACAAACACGUGACAUUUAUAAAGAAUACGAUCAUUCCUUUGUUCGAACAAGACAAAGGCUCAUGGGCGAUUAAAUCAUUUCGAUUAUUUUUAUUAGGCAAAGGAGUAGACCUCAGAUCCAUCUUCUGGCGAUAUGGAGCCAAUCCACGUUGUUCAAAGAUCGCAUACAUCCGCUCUUCUCCCCAAAAUUCCAUUCCAUCUACCGAUCAAAGAUCAUUUUUCAUACUUUUCACUUCCCAAGUGUUCCCGCAGCUGCACAAACUGCCAAACGAUAAGACAGUGGUCAAGAUUCUGCUUCAUUUGGCCUCUCUAGACUUCCAAAUUUUUCUGACACUUUUUUUGCCACUUUUUAUGAAAGAAGAAUCCGAAAUCUUCAAGAAAAUCACCUUUCUUAAAGUUGUUCCAUACAUAAACAUGCCAGAUUUCCUUCACAACUCCGCCCAAAUUUAUACUCCACAAUAUAUCCAAGAAUUCAAUCGAAUUAUCAAGCGAACACUAUUACCGUUGCUUGAUAUCUUCGAAGACUUCUAUUCUGAGGAGAGUUUCAUGUUCGAACCUUUGAUAUCAAACAUGAAAUCUCAAAUUCGCCAGUCAGACAUCUCUGUUGGCGAAAUUAUUGAAGCGUGGGGCAUUGACGACGUGAACAAAGUGUAUCUUACGUAUAGUUACAGUCAAAAGAUGCCAAAUGACAACCAAUAUCCCUUGACAGUUCUCAAAGCGAUCAAAUACGCAUUUCUUGAUGAUGACUAUUCAUCAAACAUGACAAUUGUCAAACUUCUGAUGAAAUUAGUCAGUGUUUCCGAUAAAGAAAUCUCCGAAUCAGCGAUUGACGCUAUGAAAACCAUUUUCAAGCAGAAGAACUCUAUUCACAUUUUGAUAAAAGAGAUAAAGGACUUUGUCACUCAGCCACAAGACUUUUCUCCGAAACAAUUCAUUCUUUCAUAUGUUUUAUGUGAAAUUUUAGAAAGUCAAAAAUAUGAAUUGAGUGAAGAUGAAGAAAAUGAUGUAGAUUUCAUUGGUUUUUUGGCAUUGAUCUCCAGUUCUCCAGAGUUACGUAUCAUUGGAUACCGAAUAUGUUCAUUGAUCACAUGUUAUUUGGGAUAUCGCGGUAUUUACUCCGCAAUUGACAUGUUUAAGAAACCAAUGGAACAAGUUGUCAAAAAACGGUUAUUGUAUCAAACAAUUUUUGACUUUCCUGGCUGUCUAUCACUUCCUGAUGGUAUUAUUUCACUUUCCAUGUGCAUGAAUUCACAUUACGCGACUGUUUGGUUGAAAUUUGUUGCAGAAAUCAUCAUUGUUUUGAUUGGAUGUUCCAUUGAACCACUUCGAAAGAGAUUAGAAGAAACAGCUCCUGGAUACAUCUCUAAAACAACAGCUUCAGGUGAUGAUGGUGAUUACAUCGAUGUUUCAAUGAUCCUUUCUUUCAUUGCUUCACAUUGCGAUCACAAAGGAACAAUUUUAUCUUCCAAAAUAUAUCAAUGUCCUCUUUUUUACGAUGUUCAACAUACAGAACAGUUUCGACCAGCAGCAUUUUCUUUGUUGAUCUCUUUAUUGUCACACAAACAGAAUUGGUGUAAAACAGUUGUUUUCACAUCAAUGGAUUUAUGUCAUCCUUUCUAUUUACCAUCAUUCUUUGGUAUUUUACCUGGUGUUAAUAAAUCAUUAAUACCACAGGCAGCGCGAGUAAUGAUCAGGCUCUUGACUAACUGUUAUUUGCAAGUGAGUCAUAUUAAAUCAUCUUUGCCAAUGAUUACUAAUUUUCUCACUGCGUUGCAAAGUUAUUUCGUGAGCCAAUCUAUCAAUAACGCGAGAAUUAUCAUAUGGAAUGAAUCACUUGAGAAACAAGUUAUUCUUCACUACAAAACUAUCAAGUGUUUCUGCAUGAUAAUUAAUAUGAUUGUCGACCAAUUUGGUGUCAUUUCUGCAGAAGAUUGGCCUGUUUCUUCUCGAGAAGUUUCAUUCCGAUAUUUGGUCAAUUGGUCACUUACAAAAAGUUCUGAAUUAGAAUUUGUUCGGAAAUCAUCAAUUGCAUCUAUGAAGCGAUUGAUCUCAUGUGGUCGUAUUCUUACGGAUUCAUUGAUCUUUGAUGAAUCAGCGAUCCAAAUUUUAGCGAAAAACAACAUUUUAGUUUGUUUGAAAAAUUUGAUUGAAUUCCAGCCAGAAACAUUAAUUCAAUCAUUCAUUGAGAACUGUUUUCUUCAGCCUAGGAUAACAGCCAGUGGAUUCUUUGACGCAAUUAUUAUCUCCAUUGAUGAGAAAAACAUUGAUAUUUUGUACAGAUAUUGUCCAGGAUUAAUUUUAUUAGCAUUAGUUUAUCAAAACAUUGAACAUCCAAGAUCGAAUGAAAUGUUGAACAAACUUCUUAAGACGUAUUCCAAAUUCCCAGAGAAAGAAGGAUUGGAAGAAUUAGAAGAGAAUAUCGAAUACAAAGAGAUUCCUAAAUAUUUUGGUUUCGCAACAGAAUCAGUUUUUGGUUACGCAUUUCAUUUCAUCAAUCAACCGAAUUUACACAUUCCUGCUCGAUCUAUCAUUGAUUCCAUCAAACCAUUUGCUAAAUCAUUGCGAUUCCUUCCUAAACAGAAGACAUGUUCGCAUGAAACUAUUCCUAUGUUCUCUUAUUUCACUCCUUACCAGUUCAUGCGAGAACUGAUGAGAGCAACAGAAUCCAUUGGUGAUGAUUAUUUUGAUUCCAUCAUUUCUAUAUGGAAAGAAUUGAUGAAAUCUCCAGACCACGUUGAUAUCAUUCCCACAUUCAUUUUCUCAUGGGAUAAUCCUAAGAUUGUUUCCAAAAUAAUACAGACAUUGUUAGUUACAUCAUUCGAUUCUAUCUUCCCUAGAUUGGCCGAUGAAAUCAGUUUGGCACAUUAUUUACACGUUACUCUCUGUUUGAAUGAAGAUUUUAAUGAUCAUUUGUGGACAGUUGAUUUACUUUCUAAAGCUAUGUACGCGGGACAGUUGAAAAUUGGCGAAAGUAUAUAUUCUAUUCUUCAUUUCGCACUUAUUUUCGCUGAUGUUGGUUCUCAUCCUCUUUUGGAAGCUUUGUGUGAUUUGUAUUGUCUUCCUUGUCCUGGACCUUUGAGUGACGACUCUUUCGCUUAUUAUGUUCGAAAUUUUGCAGAAAAAACAAGUCAGCCAGAGAAAUGGCUUCAAGUUGCAGCUAAAUGGGUAUUGGGAAGUAGAUCAUUACAUAUUGCGGCAUUAUCUUUGUUAGCAUAUAUUAAUUUGCAAAAAUAUACAGAAAAAGAUGAUAAUUUAGUUGUUACGGGCGUGGCAAAAAGUGUCACUUUUCAUUUGACAAACAAUGCUAGUGAUGUCAAAUAUUUAACAUUGUUAGUUAGUUGCGCGUUUAAGUUUUACACAAAGGCAUUCCAAGACAACGAAAUUUUUGUUUUUAAUUUCGUUAAAUCUUUCUUUGACUGUCGCAUGUUUUUCGAGUGUUUAUUUACAAGUGCAACAGAACUUUGCAUUACAUCACUUUCAUCACAGAAAACUACAGUUGACGCAUGGUCACAGAUCAUCCAAAUCAUCAGGCCUCUUUUGAGUUACUCAUCAACAGAUUACGAAGCACAACAAGCACUAGAUCACAUCAUUUCGAUCGCAAACAAUGAACAACUUCAUUUAGCAGUUUGUCCAAUCAAACUCGCCUUUCCAGAUUUGUUCCCUUCUGCAUCUAAACCGGAAGAAAUCAUUGAAACAGCAAGUGUCUUGUCAAUGGAAUCCGCAUUGUCACACUUCUGUUUGAUGCUAAUUAACUCUCCUUCUUCAGUUGUCAAUCAAAUUUACAAAGUGUCAAAUAAAUUUUUGUCAAAAAUCAAAUUUGACAGAUGUCAAAAUGCACUUUCAAUGCUUUACAAAUCUGCAUUGACAAAAACACAGAGUAGUGAAGAAUGUUUGAUAUUUAUCAUGAAUUUAACUAAGCGAUAUCCGAGUAUUUCAACAUUGCAAACACUUGAUUAUGGCGAAUGGAGUCGAACUAUUGAUGACGUUAUUUCUGAUUUGAAUCAUCUUCAGUUUGAUGACACAAACAUACAGAUUGUUACAGUUACCGACUGCAAAUCUAUUUCUGCAGUUUAUUCUAUUCUUUCUAAUGAAUCAGACGUUGUUCCACGAAUUCUUCCAUUCGCAACACAGAAGGAAAUGAUCGAUGGCAUGGUUGCAAUGGAAUCUAAACAGAGAAGAAAGAACUACUCACUGAGGAGGUCGGAAUCUAUCUCAGACAAUCUGUCGGAGAAAGGAAAGAAGAACCAGAAGUCAAGAAGAGAUUCAAACGCAAUCAUUCUUGAAUUGAACUGCACUCCAUUGAAGAAACCAAGAAAUAUUUUGAUAACAAACAAAGCUUUCAACAUUUCUCAAGGAUCUUCUUUGUUCCCUACUAUGUCUGAAUUUCUCGACAAAUCUUUAUAA